AUGGCCGUCCUGGAUUGGGAACAGCUUAUGCCCUCCUGCAAGCGCAGGGGGACCAAACCACCAAAGCUUAUUUCAGAGUCAGCAUAAGCUCAAUGGAGUAUUCAGUCAUCUUCAUUUAUGAAAUAAAACUAACGCUGUCCCAACCUUCGUCCAUUUUGAAUAUAAUUGAGUUACGGAACGGCAAGCAAUCCGUCAUUUCUCCUGUACGGUCUAAAGCCCUAGAUUCAACACAAAAUCACGCUGAGCUUCACCUGCGUUGUCAUAUCAACUGUUCACAGAGUAGAAACCAUCCAGAAAGAGGGAUUCAGAGACAACGUAACCAACGUCAAAGGACUCUAUCUAGCUCAUCUAGCUCCAUGAUUGUGUCAUUUCACCUGGCACAGAACCAUUGGACACCAUUAGACACGCGAUCGUUUUGAUCAUGGACUUGCUGAUGGCGGCCGAGUCUUACGCUCAAGCCGCAGCCGUGGCUCAAGCCCAGGCAUAUCUAGCUGCUUGGCACGGUCCUCACGUCCGACCCAGCACCACGGGCAUGUUGAGUAGUACCUCCAUUUUAGGGCCCCAAUUUGUUACUGCACCCGGGGGCGUUAUCCCCCCGCCGCCCACUCACAUGUCCAGGGAGACCCGUUCGGUCAAACGUUCAUCCAGUCGAGAUCGAGAUCGCUCGGAACGGGAUCGUUCUCGUGAUCACCGACGUCGACGGGAGCGUUCUCGAGAUCGUUCUCGGGACCGUGACCGAGAUCGGGACCGAAGUCGAAGUCGAAAGGAUCGUUCACGCGAACGCCGAAGAGAGCGAUCUCGCGAACGAGGAGGCCGAUCACCUCGACGAGAUCGUCGAGAUCGUACACCUUCUAGUGAGGAUGAAGGCCGGUAUGCCCCUCCCAACACCACUGUAAUGGUCCGAGGGUUAGCUCAACAUAUUGGAGAGAACGAAAUUCGUGAGGAUAUUGUCCAAUGUAACUUGGUGGCACAGGACAUCCGAGUGAUCCGGAAAAAAGAAACACGUACAUCCCGUGGGUUUGCCUUUGUGGACUUUGACCAACUCCAAGAUGCCAAGAAAUGGAUGGAUGAGAGAAAGGGGGUGCUCAUCUUCGGCGACAACUCCAGGGCCGUCAUGCAGUACAGUGUGCCUAAAUCUGAGAAGGGUCGAGAUGUCCCGCGGAGCGUCGCCGACUGGACUUGUCCUAAGUGCGGCAUCAAGAACUUCCGACGGCGAGAGAUGUGCUUUAAAUGUGGAGUGGCCAAGCCCGACGACGAAGGCGAGGAUGCCGAAGAGAGCUCUUCCACGCCCUCGUGCACUGUCUUGUUAAGGGAUCUAGAUCCGUUGACUAGUGAAGAUAAAGUAUUGACCGUGCUCAACAAGCUGAAUGACCGACCAAUCAAGGCCAUUCGAAUUGGCCGGGAUAACUUGACGAACAUGUCUUUUGGCGUUUGUUACAUCGACAUGAACACGCUCGUGGAUGCCAUCUCUUUACACAAUACCUUGCUUGGACAGCCACCCAUCAUCGAUGACAAGCUCAUUAGCGUCAGUUACCUCCAGACAAAGACCUUGACCCCAACGCAAGCGGCAAACACGGCCUUGGCCGCCGCUCAAUGGAGUCACCAGGGAAAACAGCCUUCCGAAGCGGAAAUUGAAAGCAUGGCAGAGUAUUCAGCCAAUAUGUACGCCAAAGAUCCUACGGAAAAGUUGUAUUAUUUAGAGUAUUACCGGAACUACUUUCGGAAUGUUGGGGAUCAAGGUGCAGUUUCCUCGUCUUCUCCAAGUGUGAGCUCAAGUGUUGCUGUCACUUCGGCCGCCAACCCUCUGCCCAAUUUGGGAGUCAUCAAAGUCAGUGGUGUGGACUACAAAAUAUUUCCUCCUCCAGACACGAGUACUUACGCGUAUGAUGAAGCAUCAGGGUAUUAUUACGAUGCCCAGACCACCUUUUACUACGAUGCCAACACGCGAUACUAUUAUAAUUCCAAAGCCGGGAUCUACGUAUACUGGUCGCCCGAGCAUCAAACCUAUUUGCCGGUUCAACAAAAGGCCGAAAACCCUCAAAAAGAAGAUACGGAACUUCCCGUUGAGGAUGGCAAUAUCAAUACGCCCAAAGAAAAGACUGAGAAAGUCAAAUCCGCCAAGCGAAUCGCCAAGGAUAUGGAGAAAUGGGCCAAGACCCUGAACCAGAAAAAAGACGCUGCCAAGAACUUCUCGCCCGUGGAAGUGGCUCCAGCUGUGAUGAAUACCAAAAGCUCUGCUGCUGUGAGUGCCAGUGGAGCCCAAGAUGUGGCUUUUAAUAUGUUGCGAAGCAACACCUGUGUAGGGGUGGCUUCAUCGUCGCUAUCCUCCUCCUCGUCGUCGACAACUGCCACUGCGGCUUCGAAAAUCUCCAUGCCAACAGGUUUAGGGAGUUUACCCGGAUAUGGAUCUGAGCCCGAAGAUGAACCUGGAGCGAAUCAAAGUGCAUCAAGACCCGCGCCCAACUUCACGGAUUGGGAUGGAUUGGCAUGUUUACUUUGUGAGAGGCAAUUUGCUUCCAAAGAGAAACUUCAGAAACAUAACCUGAAAUCUGACCUUCAUAAGGAGAACUUGGACCGAUUCCACCGCGACAAUGAAAGUGCAACAAGUACUUCCAAAGCUAGUUCAAGUGGUUCUGCCUUCCAAUACCGUGAUCGCGCCAAAGAAAGACGUCAAAAGUACGGCGAGGAUGACCACCCGAAACCCAACAGGCUCAAAGAACAUUAUCUCAGAGCUAUGGAGGAGGUCGAAUCCCAAGCAGUUCCGGAAAAGAAGAUCGAUGACUCGAAUAUUGGGAACCGCAUGCUUCAGAGGAUGGGUUGGAAACAAGGAUUAGGCUUGGGCAAAGCCAAUCAAGGAAGAACCACUAUUGUCGAGGCUGACCGAAGGACUCAUCAAGCAGGAUUGGGAAGCGCCAAAGUGUUACCCAAAAACCCAAAUCAAACUUACAAGGACGCUGUGAAGCGAACAUUAUUUCAAAGAUUCCAAGAUAUGGACUAAAAGCAAUCAUGAUACCUUCGCCAAGCAUUGCGUCAAUAUUGUUUCUCCUGAUGUCUCUUGACUUAUCCUCGAGUAUAUCAAAUUUCGUUUUUACUCGAAUAAAUCCACUUUAAACUUGA